UUAUCCUCCGCUCGGGUCGAUCCUUUCUGCCUCGCCUGAUGGCGCUCCCCACUCCAUCUCUGCUAUCGUGUCGUUCCGUUUGCCUUCUGAAUCCCAUCCGCUUCGCCCCUUCCACCCGCCGGUUCGGAGCCAGGCCUUUCCGGUGGAACCCAUGCCGUCCCAAUCGCAAGUUCUUCUCAGUAAUGGCGUCGGAGAACGAGGUUUUCACCUCACCGGAAAUCGCAAAGUCGUUUGAUUUUGCUUCAGAGGAACGGAUAUAUAGUUGGUGGGAAGCCCAAGGUUACUUCAAGCCUAGCUUUGAUCGGGGUGCAGACCCUUUUGUCAUUCCGAUGCCACCCCCAAAUGUUACUGGAUCACUACAUAUGGGGCAUGCAAUGUUUGUGACUCUUGAGGACAUAAUGGUCAGAUACAACCGUAUGAAGGGAAGGCCUACUCUUUGGAUUCCAGGCACCGAUCAUGCUGGUAUUGCAACUCAGUUGGUUGUGGAAAAAAUGCUUGCAUCUGAAGGCAUCAAAAGGGCUGAACUUGGUCGAGAGGAGUUCACUAAAAGAGUUUGGGAGUGGAAAGAAAAGUAAGUGAACAUAGAGCUAAUUAUUUGAGCUUAAAACAGAACUUACGCUUAUGUUAGUCUUGUCGUAUAGUUGCAUAUUUCUGGAUUUCAUUGCUUUUCUUCACUUGCACCUGUGGACUUACACUGAUAUCCUGCAUGUAUAUUUAGCUUUUUUACAUGGUUGGACAGUAAUUAAGCAACUUAUUUUCA